CCCAAACGGCCAAACCCCCCCCCCCCCCCCCCAAACCCUUCCUCUCCCCUCGACUCCGGCGCCGACAUGGCCGUCGUGCACCGCAUCCUCCGCCGCGGGCUCUCCGCCGCCUCUCCCCUCCCUUCUCUCCGCGGCCUCCUCCUCGUCUCCCCUCAGGAGCUCGGCAGGCGUCCGGCGAGCUCGUCGUCGUCGGCGGCGGCGGCUGCGGGGGACGUGGAGGCUGAGCUGCGCGCCGCGCGGGAGGACGUCAGGCAGCUGCUCAAGUCCAACCCCUGCCAUCCCAUCCUGGUUCGGUUAGGGUGGCAUGACGCUGGCACUUACGAUAAGAACAUCACUGAAUGGCCAAAGUGUGGUGGUGCGAAUGGUAGCUUGAGAUUUGGAGUUGAGUUAGUACAUGCAGCUAACAAAGGUCUUCUGAAGGCGUUAUUCUUGGUCAUUCCCAUCAAGAGCAAGUAUGCAGGUGUCACUUAUGCAGAUAUAUUUCAACUUGCCAGUGCUACAGCCAUUGAGGAAGCCGGUGGCCCCAAGAUCCCCAUGAUCUAUGGAAGGGCUGAUGUUGCUGAUGGUGAAGAAUGCCCACCUGAGGGGAGACUUCCUGCUGCUGACCCACCUUCACCUGCUGAACACUUGCGAGAAGUAUUCUACAGAAUGGGCCUGAGUGACAAGGAAAUUGUUGCGUUGUCAGGAGCUCAUACACUUGGUCGAGCUAGACCAGAGCGUAGUGGAUGGGGUAAACCAGAAACAAAAUACACUGUAUGUAACUUACAGCAGUUGGAAAAUGGGCCUGGUGCUCCUGGAGGGCAAUCUUGGACAUCUGAGUGGCUCAAGUUUGACAACAGCUACUUCAAGGAAAUCAAAGAACGCCGAGAUGAGGAUCUUCUAGUUCUCCCUACUGAUGCUGUGCUCUUUGAGGACUCAUCAUUCAAGAUCCAUGCUGAAAAGUAUGCUGAGGAUCAGGAUGCAUUUUUCGAAGACUAUGCUGAAGCUCAUGCCAAACUGAGCAAUCUUGGGGCAAAGUUUGAUCCUCCAAAGGGUAUUUCACUUGAAUAGCUGGCGUCAGCUGCCGAUGAACUGCAUUUUGGCGAGUGAUAAACAAGAUAAUACCUUGUUUGUUCUUGCUACUAUAGAGCAUAUUCUGGUUUUACUACCCAUCCAGAAAUUUAACUUAUUGUAAAUGUGAUGCUGGUGCUGUGUAUUGAGCUGUGUUACUGCUUGCCAUCUUAUCUAUUGUACUAUAUUAUAAAGAUAGCUCGAAAAAGAGCAACCAAAUUUGUUCAGGUCAACAAUUAGAUGCAUCACAACCUCAGUUAGAUAAUACUAGGUUUUUAUAUAACGAAGAUAGUAAUGUGAAUUGUGAGUUCCUACAUUA